AUGACAGCCUCUCCACCAGCAGCAGCACUGCAGAAUGGGUACCCACCCGCCCCCGUCGACGACUCAGACGAACCGCCGCGACCGCCCGUCUCCGAACCAAACCAGGACCACAACCAAGACGAGGACAUGUAUCCUACCCUCAACGACAACAACGACUCCAACACUCUGGAAUCUUCCUUCUUCCCCUCCCCUUCACAUUACUACAAGCGCUACACCUCCCACAACCUAUCUCUCCCUUUAGAUCAUCCUGAUAGCUUACACAACCCUACGGACGAAGCCAAGGUCUCAACGAGUCUGAACAACACUGACCGAUUUACAAGAAUGGAUCUCGAACCUCCACAAUUGGAUUGGGUGUUGGAGAGGGGUAGUUAUACCGUUUUCGGUGAGGUAUGGCCAGUGAAUGAUCAGCUACCCAGCUUGCGGGAGAUGGGCGUCGAGGAAUUGUGGGAUCCCAACCAAACAGGUCAGUCAGUUGUAGCGAACUUGCACAAAACCUCAGGAACACAUACCAUCAUCUCGAGUGUUCGUUCGUGGGCCUGAUUCCCUCAACCCCAGCUUCAACAGAUCGCAGACAGUCGCUGCAAACCCUUCUCCAAGCCCUGCUCGUGACGUAUCAUCAACUCGUCACCGCUUUACUCGCCCCACCUCGGUCGAUCAAAGAGGACGCAAAGGGACUGCCUUCCGAUCCGGAGAGAUUCGUAGAGAGGAUUAGGUUGAUUGGGAUCAAUUUGCAUCAUUUGAUUAACGAGUUGAGGCCCGUGCAGGUAUGUGCAUGUGAGACGGGUGAAGAGAGGGUGGGGAAAAGGGGGCGCUGAUCUGGGUUUUUUCUUGGUGAUACGCGCAGGCAAAGGAGAGUUUGAAGGCGAUGAUGAGGACACAGAUAGAGCAGAGGAAGGCGAGGACGAAUGCGAUACAGCAGUGAGUUUUACAUUCUGAGCAAGGAUCAGAGUCCCUUCGGGGGGGGGGAAAGGGAUGGGAGGAGCAAGGAAGAUUUGGACUGUCUCGGUGUCCCAGAGCUCGGAGGUCAUCAUACGUCUCAGACUACUGACUUGAAUAUGUCGAAUUGACUAUAUUGUAUCUAGGAAGUGCCAAGAAAUGAACCAAGCGCUCGCUUCACUAUCGACAAAGCUCGAACGAGCCGUCAUCGUCGAUAGCGAAACCACGAUGAGGAAAGAAGCGGGGAAUCUGAAUCCUGCACGAGCAGUCGGGGUCGGGGUCGGGAAAGAAGGAGAUCCAAUGGAGACUGCUUUGAGCAGGUUGAAGGAGAAAGUUGAUGGGCUUUGA